AUGAGGAAUCCGGAAACGGUUAACGGAAAUUGUCAGUUGCCGGCUACCAAAAGAUUGUGGACUGAACUGACAGAAGCCCUCAAUGGAAUGGGAGGUGUUCGUAAGACACAGAAAGAUUGGUUAGAGUUAUUAGCACGCAUGGCGAAGGCUAAGAUGCGCACACAGCGUGCAUCUAUGCAAAGGACUGGAGGUGGUCCUCCAGCAGAUAUCUGCUUGACAGAACUGGAGAAAAAAACAAUAAAUAUAGAGGGGACAUCAACUAUAUAUGGAUUGCCUGGAGCUGUGGAAGCUGGUAUUAUUAUUGUCCCAGGGACUCCACAGCCCAUUGUUGAUGUUCCGGAUCCUUAUGUUAAACAAAACAUAGUCAUGGUUUUGGAUGAUACUCAACUGCCAAAGCCCAAGCAGACGUGA